UGCCGAAUACUUAUUCCGUUUUAUCGUAUUUAUUCGUCUUUCGGACGAAUUAUAAUUAUGUUUUAGAUAUUUAUACGUUUUUAAUAAUUCGAAGUAUCAAUAUCGGUGUAUUAUCUUAGGCGUACUUUGCUUACAAGGUAAAAAGUAACAAGAAAUGUGAAGUGACACUUACCCACGUUUCGAUGGUCUACACACGUCGCGAGUGCUAUGAAAUAAGAUGUUCGUAAAGUAUCGCUUAUGGGAAUAGAGUAAUUAUCACAAGUUAAAUCGAAUCACUAGGAAGUAAAGGAUUACAUGUAGAUCUAUUCUCUUCAUAGAGCUACUUCUUGGUUUUUAAUUUUUUACACGAAGUAUAAAAAGUUUUAUAUUAAAAGUUAGGUUAAAGGAUUAAGACCGGUUUUUUCCUGAUACAUAUCGUAUUGUUCUUAUAUUGAUUAAGAGUUUUAACACAGAAAUUUUACAUUAUUAUUCAUAAUGGAGAAUGUCUACAUUGAAUGUAGGAAACAAACCCAUUGACAAGUAAUAAAGUAGACCAAAGUGGGUGGGAUCGAGCAAGGCCCUCAAAAGGAUUUGGAACGAAAACUGGGAUAAAAUAAGAUAACAACAUGCCACAGAACGAGUAUAUUGAAAGGCAUCGGAAAUUGUAUGGCAGGCGUUUGGAUUAUGAAGAACGCAAGAGGAAACGAGACGCACGUGAACCACGUAGACGUGCUGAACAAGCACGUAGUUUACGGGGCAUUAAGGCUAAGAUAUUCAACAAGAAACGUCGAAAUGAAAAGAUUCAAAUGAAGAAGAAGAUUAAGGCUCAUGAAGAGAAAAAAGUCAAACAGAAAGUCAAGCCUACUCCAGAGGGUGCAUUACCAGUUUACCUUUUGGACAGAGAUGUCACAUCUCGUGCAAAAGUUUUAUCUAAUAUGAUAAAACAAAAACGUAAAGAAAAGGCCGGAAAAUGGGAUGUGCCGAUUCCAAAAGUAAGGGCACAGUCUGAUUCAGAAGUGUUUAAGAUAAUGAAGAGUGGUAAAACAAAACGCAAGUCAUGGAAGAGAAUGGUUACAAAAGUUACAUUUGUUGGAGAAAAUUUUACUAGGAAACCACCAAAGUUUGAAAGAUUCAUUAGACCAAUGGCUUUGCGAUUUAAAAAGGCACACGUUACUCACCCAGAAUUAAAGGCUACAUUCUGCUUACCUAUAAUUGGAGUUAAGAAAAAUCCAAAUUCACCAAUGUACACGAGUUUAGGAGUAAUAACCAAAGGAACGGUUAUUGAAGUAAAUAUUUCGGAACUAGGGCUGGUGACACAAUCUGGAAAAGUUGUUUGGGGAAAAUAUGCACAAGUGACGAAUAACCCGGAAAAUGAUGGUUGCAUCAAUGCAGUUUUACUAGUAUAACUUCCUACAAUUGGAUUUCAAUUUUCUGAAACAUUAAAUUUGUAACUAUGAUACUGAAUGAAAUUAUGAAUAAAACCAAUGGAAUUGUUGAGUAUGAUA